UGCGAUUUUUAUUUUUAUGAAGAAUGUCAUAUUUAUUUUACUAAUUUAUUAAUUUAUGAACGAUUUUAGCUCUCUAUUAAUGUUUACCAUGCUGAUUGUAGGGCAUUCGUUACAAACUCUUAUUAAAUUUGUGUUUAAGUUAAAUCACUUUAUUAUGAAAUUUUCAGUUAUAACUGUUUGAAUGAGUUUAAAUACUUAUUCAUGAUAUUCCAGUUUUUUUGCUUUCCUGGAAAUAAAUUUGCUAUUGAAUUUAAUCAAAAUGUCCGAAAAACCAGCGUCAAGAAGUCAUGUUAGAACAAUUGAAUGGGACAUGAUGGAUAAAACCAAAUUUUUACCCUUAAGUAUGCUUAGUUCGUUUUGUGUACGUUGUUCGCUUUAUCCAUUAACAUUGAUCAAGACACGACUACAGAUUCAAAAACACGGAGAAAUGUACAAAGGUUUGUUGGAUGCAGCUAGUCGUAUUUAUUCCACUGAAGGCAUGUCGGGAUUGUAUCGAGGUUUCUGGGUCAGUUCUGUGCAAGUUUUUUCCGGUGUAGCUUAUAUUGGUGCCUAUGAACAAACUAGACAUAUAACUGGCCCUUACUUACAACAAUGGCCAGAAAUUAGAUCUUUGGUCGCUGGUGGCGUCGCUUCAGUCUUUGGUCAAACUAUAAUUGUACCUUUUGAUGUGGUCAGUCAACAUUUAAUGAUGCUCGGAUUAUCAAACAGUAAAAACAACAAAGAUAAAUUUAUAUAUUUUCGUCCUUUGAAUGUUAAUUUGGAUAUGUCAAAAUCAAAAUUUCGUACUACGUUAGAUAUAGCUCGUUGUGUCUAUCAACAAGAUGGUUUCAAAGGAUUUUAUAGGGGUUAUGUCGCUUCGGUAUGUACAUAUGCUCCAAAUAGUGCUUUGUGGUGGAGUUUUUAUACUAUUUUUCAAGAUCAACUUGAAAUAAGAUUACCAGUAAACACUUCUCUUUUGUUAAUGCAGAGUGUAUCAGGGGUUUUAGCUGGAUUUACUACCACCCUUAUAACAAAUCCAAUGGACACAAUUAGAGCUCGUUUACAAGUUCAAAGAACUAAUUCAAUUGUAAGGACUUUUAGAGCCCUUUGGGACGAAGAAAGGAUGAUGAUGUUCACCAAAGGACUUUCAGCCAGAUUAGUGCAAUCUAUAUGUUUCAGUUUUACAAUUAUUUUAGGCUACGAAAGUAUCAAACGAGUGAGCGUACUUCAUGAAUACAAAGACCGAGUGCGAUGGUAAUAUGGAUUUUGGCCCAAAGUAAUGUAAUGUUUUGUUAUAAUGAGUGUUAACUACGGUUUUGGUUCACCCAAUGUAAAAACUGUUGAUCUUUAUGUUGUAAAAUUAGUACUUAUGUUUCUACCAUUAAUGACAUUAUAUAGUGAUUAUUAUUUUAACA